UGAUGAAAACAAUGGCAAUAAUGAUGAUAGCAAUAAAGAUGAUAGUAAUAAAGACGAUGUCGAUAGUGAUGGUGAUGAAGACAAUGAAAGCAACGAUGAUAAUGAUAGUAGUAGUAGUGACCAAGAAGAUCAUGAUGAAGACACAUAUUAUAAUAAUGAG